CAAAGAUCGCACAUCCAGUCCCCUUUUUUGUUUUUCAUUCUCAGACAAUCGGAUCAGCUCGCUUCAAAAACCAUGCUGCUGGAUACCUUUGAGAAUACGCCGUUCUUGAUCGACAUUGCGUUCGGACUGACCCUGGUCACGUUUCAAUAUCGUGCCAUCCCAAAGGGAGUAUCGCUGCCCCAGCGCUUCUUGAGCACAAUGAUUGUCGUUCUGGCAGGUCCAACAAUCUGCAGCGCGUUGCUGGGCGGCGUUCCGGACUGGUUGCUGCGUCAAAACCCGUCGCUGUGGUUCUUCCCGCUGGUCUUUGCCCUCGUCCAUUUCACACGCGGAGUCGUGCCUGCCAUCGUCGAGUGGCCCCCGAUCUGGUUUGCGCUGUCUGUCAUUGGUAACGUUGGCCAGGCGUCGGCUGCGACGACGUGGGGCUGCGAUCGCGUCACCAGGCACCCAAACUCGGACGUGGCGUCGUCCUUUGCCGCCAUGCUGCUCGUCGGGUUGCUCAGCUCGACGGCCACCAUCCUCGUCGACAGUGCAUUCAACUUGACCAAGGCCACCUGGUCCUUUUCGCUCCCGCACGACCUCUUCCACUUCCCAUGGCCGUCCCCAAUCCGCUCCGGUCUGUUCAUGACCGUGUUCUACGCCAUCGCAACCGAUCCCCAUCAUGUCGUCACGUCGUCUCCAUUGCUUCCCGUCGAGACUGCCAAGGAUGUCUGUUUCGCCUUUGUCGUCACGCACUACAUCGCUUCCGAGCUCUACGACAGGUGGGGCCGCGCAACCCCGAGCUCUGGCGACAAGAAGUCUGGCAAAACAAAAGCCACAAAGAAGGAGCAGUAAAAAUAAAAAUAAAAUAAAGCACGUUAUCGA